CUACAACUGCACCACUUUCCGCACCUCAUGUCGUCCAAUUCCUCUAUUUUCAUUGCCUCCGACCCGUGAUUAUAUGAUCUGUCUCCAGUACAAUGGCGGAGACAGUGCAGCUGCAGAAGGUGGCGACUCCACGUGCUUUAUUUCGUCAACCGCUGGCGUUGCAGUGGUUUCAGGAUGGCGAGCUGAAAAAGCGGGAAGAAAAUGAGAGACAAGCAGGACGGUUCGAGCUGUUCCUUGAUCUUCUCUAUGUUGCUAUCCUCGCAAACUUUGCUGAGAACUUAGCCGAACAUCCUUCUGGCGUUGGAGUCGUGAAAUACAUUUUGAUUCUUGCUCCAUCAUGGCACGUAUGGAGCGAUCUCAGAGAAUUGAUGAACUCGUUCUACAACGACGAUCUAGCCCAACGUCUCCUCAUUCUCUGGAUCAUGGCUCUGCUUGUUAUCUAUGGAAACAACGCUACUCUGGUCGAUGAAGAUAUUGGAGCUCUUCGUUCAACAGUUGGUGCUUACAUGGUGGGUCGCUUGUCGACAAACUCCGUCCAUUUGAUCUACUCGUUCGCAAGCUAUCAUCACCGGGCUCAACAGCGUCUUUGGUUCUGCUUGUCAAGCUUGGCACUCUUGCUCUACAUUCCCCUCUACAUUGAAGAUCUCUCAUUUAGGAGCAAAAUUGCUGUAGCCGCAGUAGGAAUCACGGUCGAAGAGUCCAUAUGGAUAUUUUCGUAUUCACCAGUUGCCAAGAAACUACUGAAUGCAAAGUACACCACUGCGGUAGAUAUUCCACACGAGGUCGAUCGAUUCGCCGCCUUCUAUAUCAUUGUGCUUGGAGAGUUUCUCUACCAAAUCAUCGUCGGAUCUCCUGCUGUGAUAGGAUUCAACUUGUCCCUCCUGAGGGCUAUUUGGACUCUGAUUAUCGCUUUCUGCCUUAAUUGGCUGUACAUCCAUGCCGACGGAUCGCUUGAAUCACAGCACCCCCUGAGGCAUUCAAUAUAUGCAUCAUUCACAUGGGUGACCAUUCACCUCCCCAUGCUUGCAAGUCUUCUGGUGGCAGGCCAUGUAUCAGCGACGAGCACGAAAGUGACGGAGCUCCAUGAGCCUGAAUUAUGGUUGCUUUGCGGAGGACUCGGUAUUGGAUUGUUCUGCUUGUACAUCAUUGCGUUGCUGCAUCGAUCAAACGAUGCACCUGGAACACUCAUGCUUCCAAAGCAUUACCGUCUAAUGUUUCGACCGAUCUGCGCAAUCAUCAUCAUCUGUCUCCCGCUCUCUCAUGAUUUGGAUAUCACGUCGUUCUUGUCUAUCAUCAUGGCUCUCAUUUCCUUCAUCGUCAUUUGGGAGAACGUCACAUCGCUGAUGCGGGGAGCAAAGUUCUGGGAGCCGUGGGAGAACACGAGAUAUCCGGACGAGGAAAAUCAUGGGCAGAGGGCUACGGAGCAUGGCGGGUCGACAGAUGAGAACAUACCAAUAGUCUCUAGAGAGUGACGCUCAGAUAUUUGUGUGUGUAAAAAAAAUACUAUUCUGAGGUGUGCGUCGCUUCCAGGCUCAGCUUUGUCCAGCAUCGAUCUGUCGUUCUGACUGGGAAACCCUUCUUGUUGAAUAAGUGUCGCGAAUCUUUAAUAUCUUUAAGACGGAUUACGGCGAGUCAAUUGGUAUUUUAUAUCUCCAUUGAGUAAAUUACGAGAAUUCUGUGCUGUUGAAUCAUCUGCUUGACCUGUCGACGUGGUACUCCACAUCCACCCAUACUCCUUUCUUCCCCAGACUCUUCCGACUUGACUUACUCUGGCGCUUGAUAUUGUCGCAGUCUGGUGGAGUUAUGAUCCUCCUUUCGCU